AUGUCGCCAAAGUUAAGGGCUUGGAAAACUCAAGAUGUGAAGGAGUGCAGAGAAGCUACGAAAAGCAUAAACUUCCAUGAUGAGUACCAUAGAACACUAAGGACAAAGCCCUAUGUUGAUUUCUACAGUAAAGUUCAACUACUUGCAAAGCAGCCUGACAAUUUUUCGGAAGUCCUCCUUGAACCUUGCCAACAAACUAUAUCUUCCAUUGUUGAUUCAGGAGCCCUUUCAAAGACACCAAAACUCAAAAACCUUAUGCUAAGUUACUUUGACAUAAGUGCAGAGGCUUCACACAUUUGCUGUAAUCUUCUCAAAAGCAUCGACCAAGUCCACUCUUAUUACCAAUUCAUUCAAAGAGUUCUAGACAUUAAGGAUGGUGACUCUUUCGAAACUUUUGAAGUAAUCAUCUUUGAGCUAAGCUCAUUCACCUACCCAAAUGACCCGUUUUCAAACCUUAAAACCCAUGACUUCAAGCUCAUCAAUGAUAAGCACUCAUCAGUUUUGUGCCAUCUAAAGUCAAUGAGAAAAAGAGUGGGAAGGAAAAUUAAGCUCAUGAAGUAUUUGAUGAAGACAUCAUGGUUUUGUGUCACUGCAGCUUGUGCCUUAGUGGCAAUCACAGCCAUGGUUAUAGCCACACAUACUCUGACAGCAGUAAUCUUGGGCCCAGCAAUUCUGAGCUUCCCAUUUAAGCAUCUUAAGAGAAAGCUUAGAGGCUGCAAAUUUUCAAGAAAAGGGUCUCUUGGUAAGGUUUAUGAGCAGCUUGACAUAGCAGCCAAGGGAACUUACAUAUUGAAUAGAGACUUUGACACAAUGAGUAGACUUGUAGCUCGGCUUCGUGAUGAAAUUGAGCAUAACAGGGAAAUGGUGCAGUUCUGUUUGGACAGGAAAGAAGAUAAGUUAUCUUUUCAGAUUGUGAAGGAGCUUAAGAAAAGUGAUGUAGGGUUCAGGAAACAAGUGGAAGAGCUUGAAGAACAUGUGUACUUGUGCCUUGUAGCAAUAAACCAGGCAAGGGCCUUGGUCAUUAAGGAAAUGAAAAGAUCCUAUGCAUUACCGGAUCCGGAAGUAUAUACAAGAUUACCUAAUUCAGUAUGUUUGUUAUGUGAGGGUUGUAUGCAAGCCCCAAAGCAUGUACUAUGUCCAUGUCGGAAAAUAUGGGCUACAUUGCUUCCAAGUGAUGAAGGAUUGGUCAAUCUAGUAUGCAUUACUGUAUCUGGAAGUGUGUACCGGGAUUAUCCAUUCUGGAGUGCAUUCCGGAUUGACCAAUCCGAAAACAGUUAUGUGAAGACGAAAUUGGUGAUGGGUGAGAAAGAUGAUGAAGUUAGCGAUGUGAAGGUCAAGAGGGACGUUGUGUAA